AUGAACCCAUCUUCAACGUGCUACACCAUCGUUCACGAUGACCUGAUUGACGCACCUUCGUCGCAGGACUUGCGAAAUGCCUUGCAGAAGGGAUCAGACGAUGUCAAAUUGGAGACUAUGAGGAGGAUUAUAGUUAGCACUUUGAAUGGUCAAGGUCAUCCAUCGUUACUCAUGCCCAUCAUCCAAUAUGUCAUGCCCUCACGUAAUAAGCAGUUGAAGAAGAUGUUGCAUUUCUAUUGGGAGAUCUGCCCUAAGCUCGACGAUAAUGGAAAGUUGAAGCAGGAAAUGAUCUUAGUAGUUAACGCUAUUCGAAAUGACUUGCAACAUCCAAAUGAAUAUAUCAGGGGUGCAACCUUACGUUUCCUUCAGAAAAUUAGAGAAGCAGAAUUGUUGGAACCGUUAGUACCUACCGUCAGAUCAUGUCUGGAACACCGACAUUCAUUCGUACGAAAGAACGCUGUCUUCGCAACAUACACUAUAUAUCAAGAUCACGAACACCUCAUUCCUGAUGCACCAGAACUAUUGGAUACUUUCUUAGCAGCUGAAUCCGACUCAACCUGUAAACGAAAUGCCUUUGUCACCCUCUGCAACAUCUCUCAACCUACUGCUGUUCGAUACCUACUCAACAACUUUGAUCAGAUCUCAGGGAUGGACGAGUUGAUGCAGAUGGCCGUGAUUGAGUUGGUUAGAAAGGAAGCUAAAACCGAAGGUGGACAUAGGGCAAAAUGGAUAAGAUGUAUUUUCGAGCUCCUCAAUGCUGAAUCCCAUGCUGUCAAAUAUGAAGCUGCUACUAGCUUGACCACUCUCACCCAAAACCCUGCUGCUGUCAAAGCUGCCGCUGCUGCCCUUGCUGAGCUCAUCGUCAAAGAAGCCGACAACAACGUUAAACUCAUUGUUCUCGAUCGAUUCGAUAAUCUCAGAGCUAAGCAUGAACAUGUGCUAGAUCCUAUGGUCAUGGAUAUACUCAAGGUUCUGACUAGCCCCGAUAUGGAAGUCAAGAGAAAGGCUCUUGGUAUCGCUCUUGAGAUGGUGACUAGCAGGAACGUAGAGGAUGUAGUAUUAUUCUUGAAGAAACAACUGCAAGGUACUCUUGACCAAGACUUUGACAAGAACCUUGAAUACCGACAACUGCUCAUUCAAAGCAUCCACUCCUGCGCUAUCAAAUUCUCAGAAGUUGCUGCCAACGUUGUCCAUGUUCUCAUGGACUUCUUGGGUGACUCAAACAACCCAUCAGCUGUCGAUGUCAUCUCUUUUGUCCGUGAGGUCGUUGAGCGAUUCCCCGAUCUUCGACCAGCCAUCACCGAGAAACUCGUUUCGACAUUCAGUGAGAUCAAAUCUGGAAAGGUAUUCAGAGGAGCUAUGUGGAUUGUGGGAGAAUAUGCUACGGGACCUGCGGAUAUCAAGAAGGCUAUCCAGGAGAUAAGAAAGGUUUUGGGAGAAAUACCUAUUCUAGCUUCUGAGCAGCGUCUACUGGACGAAGCUGAAGCUGCGGAUGAGAAUCCCACCGAAAAGGAAGAAGCGCCUAAAGCUGUGACUACCACAAGAGUCUUACCUGAUGGAACGUAUGCUACCGAGACGGUAUACACAUCGACGGCUCAAGCAGCAAGACUGGAGCAAGUUCGAGCAGCCACCAAACCACCCUUACGAGCUUUGAUCCUUGGCGGUGACUUCUUCACUGCUUCGGUUUUAGCAGCCACACUCACCAAACUUGUCCUUCGAUUCUCCGAGGGUCAAUCUGAUUCUCAAUCUAUCAAUACCCUUCGAGCGGAAGCUAUCCUCAUCAUGACUUCUAUUAUCCGAGUCGGUCAAUCAAAAUUCGUUGCCGUACCCAUCGACGAAGAUUCCCAAGAAAGGAUAAUGAACUGUAUAGAAACUCUUGCGGAACUGCAAUCUUCCAAGAUCUUACAGGACGUGUUCUUGCAUGAUACCAAAGCUGCUUAUGCUAAGAUGGUAGCUACCGAAGAGAAAAAGGCAUUGGAGAAGAAAGAAAGAGAAAGCAAGACUACGACUGUUCAAGCGGACGAUUUGAUCUCUUUCAGACAAUUGUCCAAGAAAUCCACUCUCGGUGAUGUCGACGACUUCGAUGACCUCGUCGCAGCAACUGGAGCCGCAGAAGUUCAAGAUGAUUUCGUAUCGAAAUUAUCAAGAAUCUCUCAACUAACUGGAUUUUCCGAUCCAGUCUACGCCGAGACUGUCGUCACAUUGUCGCAAUACGAUAUCAUCCUUGAUGUUCUGUUGGUCAACACGACGAACGAGACUAUGCAAAACCUCACAGUCGAUUUCGCAACUUUGGGAGACCUCAAACUUGUCGAAAGGCCUGCUGCCGUCACUUUAGCACCUCAUGGAUUCCACUCUCUCACUGCGACUGUCAAAGUCUCGUCGACUGAGACUGGUGUCAUCUUCGGUGCGAUCACUUACCAGAAACAGGGAGCGAGCGAUUCAGAUGUCACUAUUGUGAUGUCUGAUAUUCAUGUGGAUAUUAUGAGUUUCAUCAAGCCCAACUAUGUGAACGAAGCUCAGUUCCGAUCAAUGUGGACCGAAUUCGAAUGGGAGAACAAAGUGGCUGUACAAACUUCCAUUUCGGACUUACGAGCGUACCUCGACCACUUACUCAAAUCCACGCAUAUGGCUUUACUCACUCCCGAAGCUGCUUUGUCGGGAGAUUGUGAUUUCUUAUCUGCCAAUUUAGCUGCCAAGUCGUUAUUCGGCGAAGAUGCAUUGGCCAACGCUUCGAUCGAACGUACAGAAGAUGGAUCAAUCACUGGACAUGUCAGGAUAAGAUCCAAGACUCAGGGUAUAGCGCUGAGUUUGGGUGAUAAGAUUACGUUGAGUCAGAAGGCUUUGAAAUGA